UUUGUCCAUCGGUAGGCCUCGAAAAUGGAUUUCCCCUAAAAAAACAACGAACGGACAAAUCUCGGACAGAGCUCCGCCGGCCGCCGCUGCGCGCCCGACGCUGACCUUGAAGAACCCUAGCCGGCCUCCUGGAGCUCGUCGCGAGCCGCGACCCGUUUGCGGGUUACCCGGCAGCGCCCAACGCUCCGUUCAGUUCUGCAGAAGACGAACCAGGAGGGUAGCUCCGUCGCCGCCUGGUUGCCUCCCUGCUCGCCUCUGACUCGCCGCGCGGCUGCGUUCCAGCCUCAGGGCGUGCUGUAAUCCUGGCUUCUCCACUGCACCCUGCCCGGAUGUCUUCACUAGCUACGGUGGAGCCUGAGCAAGUGUUUCAUGUAUUGACCGAGGCGCUGAAAGAUCCUGCAGAUUUUGUAGAUUUUGAUCUGCCGUCUGCGUUGAAAGAAUGGAAGUUGGGCUACUACACACCAAUUAAGCGGAAUGUUUAUCUUACUAAGAAACGGGUUGAAGACGAUGGCAUUUUCUGUUCCUGCUCUCUUUCUUUGGAAACAUCGGUUACUUGUGGAAAAGAUUGUCAAUGCGGGAUGCUGUUCUCUUGUUGUUCAUCAAACUGUAAAUGUCAGAACAACUGUGCCAAUAAAUCUUUCCAACUUCGACCUCUGACAAAAACAAAAUUGAUUAAGACAGAGAAAUGUGGCUUUGGAUUGGUAGCUGAGGACGAAAUAAAGAAAGGAGAAUUUGUUAUAGAAUAUGUAGGAGAAGUUAUUGAUAACAGAACUUGUGAGGAGAGACUAUGGAAAAUGAAGAGACAGCGGUACACUAACUUUUAUCUUUGUGAGGUCAGUAGCAAUAUGGUCAUUGAUGCAACAAACAAGGGAAACAAGUCCAGGUUUAUCAAUCAUAGUUGUGAACCAAACACAGAGAUGCAGAAAUGGACUGUAGAUGGAGAGACCAGAGUUGGAAUUUUUUCUCUUCGUGACAUAGAGAAAGGGGAGGAGCUGACCUAUGACUAUAAGUUUGUCCAGUUUGGAGCAGAUCAAGAUUGUCAUUGUGGAUCUUCAAACUGCAGAAAAAGGGUUGGUGCAUCUAAGUCGGUCAACUCAUUUGUCCUCCACAAUGGCAACUCGGGGAGCUCACAAGGUCAGUAUGAUAUGAAGAAAAGAAAGACAACCUCAGAUAAUUGUAUUGGGGAGAUCAUCCGUUUGUGGCACCGACGGGACAAAAUGUAUAUCCCAGCAGUUGUACAUGAUUAUGAUGAGUACACUGGAAUGCAUACUUUACUGCUUGAUGAAGAAACUACCGAAGAUUUUGAUAUGAGAGAGGAAGAUUGGGACUUCCUACCGGAUCCCCCAGAUUCUUGUACGAACAGAUACAUUCAACUGAUUUCAAUCUCAAGAGAACGUGCCACUACCAUUGUUGACAAAUCAUCGCCGAGAUGUGCUCGCUGCAUUCAUCCACCCUCGAAUCAGAUUUUUUUCAUUUGUGCUCUGGCCAUGUAAAUCAGAGUUCCAGCCUCAAAUUACAUUAUUUUUCCUUUGUUCUCUGGCCUUCCACUCUUGAGUCAGAUAAUAUCUCCCAGUUUCCUUCGCUUCUGAUUGUCUGUCCCUGAUACAAUGUAUGAAGAAGACCCUGGACAGGUCUCCGGUGGGCAAUGUUGUGGCCGACUCUCCUCAUCUGUUUUCAAGCAUGUUCGUUGUUCAAUUAAUGUUGUGGCACACACCUUAGAUUGAUCUUGUAAUGUAGCUAGCUCAGGUUUUAUCCUAGAUUAUGCUCCCAACUGCAUCCUGGAUGAUUUGUGUAUUGAUAUUAAGUAAUCAAUAAAGUGUCAUUUACCGUAAAAAAAAAAACUUGUUAA